CCGGCGGCGGUUCUCCCGCGCGGCUGUGGCCACGGGUACCCUCCUGUCAGGGUGCCGACCUGAGGGACUCGAGCGUCGGCGCGGCUUCUCGGAGUGGACCGGGACACGCGUGAGAGGUCCAGCUUCGUGGCACAGCCGCGGGUUGAAAAACUACGCUGCCCUGUCUGCAGCCACAGAGUGACUGCAGUCUCAUGGAUGACGACAGCCCCUUAGAGCUAGAACAUAAUAUAAAAAUGGCAGAACUCUUCAUGGAAUGUGAAGAAGAAGAUUUAGAACCAUGGCAAAUUAUAGACUCUUCGAGUGAGGAUGACUUGAUCUUUGUUGGAGAGAUACCUGCUUCAAAACCAGCCUCUUCAAGUAGUUCUGAUCUAAACAUUUCUUCAAGUCCACCAGAAGGAGACCCAACAAUAUGUUCUAUGUCCACUGUACUCUACCUUACUCCUGAUGCAAGAUCUACAGAUAGCAUGACGACUAAAAAUUAUCUAGGGGGUUUACAACACAUUGAUUUGGAUGAGCUUGCACGCCUACAGUGUAACCAGAAAAUACUGCCAAAGUCACCAGUUGCAUCAAAGGCUGUUAUGCAAGGUACAGAUGCCUCAUCAUCUGUCCGAAAAGCUUGUCCAAGGUGCAGUACUGAGUUCAAGCUUUGCAUUGCUUUGAAAUGCCACAUGAAGCGUUGUUGUCCAGAUAUGGCAAAUAAUUUUAUGAAAACUAAUGAACCCGGACUUUCACAUGCAAAAAGCACCACUAAGGUUGAUUCAUACAAAGAAAGAUUAGUUAUGUUAGUGAGUGACUUUUAUUACGGACAGUAUGAAGGAAGUAAUGUGGAAGAAACAAAGAGUUACACAACUUUUCAAUGCCCCAGCUGCUUGAAAGUUUUUAAAAAUAAUAUCAGGUUCAUGAACCACCUGAGAUAUCACGUGACAACUGAAAAGCAGAGCAAUUGUGAAAACCCUAUCAUCUGCCAGUACUGCUUCCGGCAGUAUCCCACAUCUUUCCAGCUGCAGUGCCACAUUGAGAGUACACAUACCCUUCAGGAGGUUUCUACUAUUUGCAGAAUCUGUGAAUUAUCAUUUGCAUCAGAACGUAUUCUUUUACUACAUAUGAAGGACACUCAUAAACCUGGUGAGAUGCCAUAUAUAUGCCAGGUUUGCCAGUUUAGAUCAUCAACAUUUGCUGAUGUGGAAACUCACUUUAAAACAUUCCAUGAAAACACUAAGCACUUGUUAUGCCCAUUUUGCCUAAAAGUUAGUGAAAUAGCAGCCAGCUAUAUGAAUCAUUACAUGAGUCAUCAGAAAAAAGGAGUUCAUCGUUGCACAAAAUGCAGGCUGCAGUUUUUGACCGCCCAGGAGAAAAUGGAUCACAAGUUACAGCAUCGGACAUUUAUAAAGCCUAAAGAAUUACAGGGAUUGCCUUCAGGAACAAAAGUUACUAUUCGAGCUUCGUUUGGACAUCUUCACUCAAAAUCACUAAUUAAAAGUUCUAUAAGCACUUCUCUUGAGGUUUUGCCUCCAUGCCGUGAUAGUACGUCUGCUACAAGUUCUACAAACGCCAAUGCAAGCAAGACAAGUAAGCCUGACGAGACUUUAUCCAGUGAAAGUCCAGCUAGCACAACUCAACUACAGGGAGAUACAGCUAACCCUUGCAUGAAACCCAUUACCCAAUUGAAGAGUCAGCGCAACGGAAGAAAUACAAUCAGCAUAGCUUUGAAGAAGUUAAGGUGCCGUCAGGAGAUACACACAUGCAUCGAGUGUCACUCCAAAAUAAAAGAUUUUGCAAGCCACUUUUCUGCAAAUAUACACUGCAGUUUCUGCAAAUACAACACUAACUGUAAUAAAGCCCGUAGAGAGCAUAUGACAGGUAGUCAUGGCAACUCUCAAAGAAUGCAGAUUCAUUUUCUGAAGAAGCGUUCUUCCAAAGCUUUCAGGGGCAUUACUGUAGUCUGCCUUCACUGUGAUUUCCUAACUGAUUAUACUCGCCUAGAUCGUAUGGCUAAACACUUAAGUCUUUAUAAAAAUCACAGUUGCCAAGUUGUGGUCGAGAAUAUGACCAAAAUUACCUCAACUUCUGAUCUCACUGCUGGCCAGUUGAUGAACUAGAUUGCUGCUGUGUGACGAUCGUGCAACCUGGUGCAAGACAAGUUGGAAUAUCCCAAGUUCAAUGUUCUGAAGUGUUUUCUUACCCAAAGGCAGUUUCCCAAGUUUAAAGUUCUGACGCAUAUUCCCACAUGAAGGUGGUUAAACAACCAAUUCAUGACACUAAGUCUUAGAAGUUUUUUCAGUUUUCAAAUGACUCUAGAUUCUCUACCUGAUCUCUGUCAGGUUAAUGUAGCUUAACAUGUGUUUUUUCCUCCAGUUGGCACUCUGCAAAACUAAUUUGUGUUACUAUAGUCUUCCCUUGCUUGCUUAAGUAAUGUGUGUUUUUCUCUGGUGUGUUUGCCUUUGGAAUAUUACAUUCCAAACUAUAGGAACUGUUCAUCGUUUAUUGUCUGAUCUGUCUGCUUUCUUUUAAGUCUUACAUUUUAGGUCAAAUAGCUGGGUUUUUUUUUUAUCUCUCCUCUUUGUCAUUGCUCUUUUUUUCAUACAUUUUCAGAUGCAGGAACAACACAGAAAUUUCAAAAAAAAGUCCAGAAUACCACUGGACAGUGUCCCCCUUCAGAGGACAUAACUAAUGCCUGUUCUCUCUUUCCACACAAUGUGAAUUGUUUGCCUGUGUGACCUCCUCCAGUUUGUGGCCUUAAGAAGUCAGGAGAAUCCCUGACCACCUGACUGGCUGCCCAUAAGUCUGAUGUUGAUUCGGCCAGAGAUGACCUCAGAGCUCACCAAACUGAAUACAACUUUCCACUGAGGGUUUUGGCGCUUGCUGUUACAUGUAAGAGUUGAUUCUAAGACAUGACUGCAAAAUCAGUCCUUUGACAUCCAAGUUGAAGUUCAGUCAGUUUGACUGCUGUCCUUUACUAAUCUAGCAUGCAUGCAGUCUAAGGAAUAUAAAAAUUCUGGUCUUCGAACCCAGGUUACAUUGUUUUUAGAAAAAGAAAAUUUUUAUAAAGUUACCUUCCUGAGGUAAGUUAUUCUUAUUGCCAUUUAUGGUUUUAUUCAGUAUUAAUACUAGGAAUUCUCAAUAAUACUAAUACCCAAAAUGUGUAAUUUUUAAAACCUUCAUUGAUUUUGGCAGCUUAGUUUUAUGUCAUUCUUCAUUAACUUUUUUAUGUUCUUUUUGUUGUCUCCUUUGCAUUAUUCUUUUUACCUUUUGUUUUGUGUUUUGUUUCUGCUAAGAACUUCCAGACAUUCCUUAAAACUCUUUGCAGAUCUCAUAUAAUUACCUACAUGUAGCUUCUUAAUUGGAUACCUGUUCAGACCAUUUGAUGUUAUAACAUGUGUCAUCUUGGGAAUAUCAUUUAUAUUUUAGGGAUUAUGAGUUCUGAGACAAAGAAUUGGCAAAAUGUCUUUCAGAACCUGAAAAACAACUUUUAAACUUGCAAAUAUCUAAUACGUGUUAUCAUCUUAGCCAUCAAGCCAUUAAUGUAAUUCCUUUGGAUAAAGGUAAUAUAUUCAAAAGUACUGGGACCAAGAAGUGCGCUUGUUUCCUACCCAUAUAUAUAGAUAUAGACAUAUGUUUUUAAAAAUUGAUGUUUGUUUAUUUUGGUUACACUGAAUAAA